AUGAACGGAAUGGCAUUGGGCUGUUUCAAAUGUGUGAUGCUUUCUAAAAGCUGUGCGGUGAGUCUCUUUGUGGUAGUCUUCGUGUCGGUUUCGUUCGAAGUUACUGGAUUUGUAGGUAAGUUGUGGUAACAUCGCAGUGGCAGUUUUAUAGUUUGACUGACGAUAACUGAGCAUAUUAGAGAAAGCCUUCGCGGUUGAAAACUUUCAACUCAGUCACGCUUCGUAACGAAACUUAUAUCGAUCUUUUCGGCAUUAUUUCGAUAAACUUCUGCUUUUGCACCAAUGAAACAAAUCUACUAUUGAAGUAGAUUGCCAAAUUUUACUUUCCGUCAGGUUUCAUCACCGAAAGGAGUUGAUUUGAUGUGGAGCCACAGCGACAUUGUAAAAGAUAACAUCGCGAGCAUAUUUAACGGAAAUACAUUUGUGUAAUAGUUGGGCAUGUAUGACCACAACAGACCCAUAGUGAUUGUUGAUAACUUCUGUUCAACAAACUGACACCGUGUAAUCACAGAGUAUGUAUAAAAAGUUGUGACAUAGGCACCAAAGGACUUUCAAAAAUUUUUAUCAACAUUUUUUAAAUUUUUAUUUUUUUAGAAGGGCUUCGCUAGAACUAACGUAAAUAUAUUUGAAAAAAAACGUAUAAAAACCCGCAAAAAUUCAGAGUUUCAUUUUUGCCGCUCUACGUUUAAAUAUUGCGAACGCCACUCUCAUGAUUUCCGCAUGUUACAUCGAGCAAUUCGUUUAUAUUCUAUCAGUACGCUAGCACGACUCUAUUGAAUGGUUAUAGAGAGUAAGUGACGACAUGAUAUGACGCCAGUAGCGUGAAACAAUACAAUCUGUAUACUAUAAUUUCAAAAUUCAUUGCUUGAAAUAAGCGGGCGUUAUUUAGGCAAGUCGACGAAUAGGUUUUCGGUCGAAUAUGCUUCUUCACUUGAACAUUUUUAUGCUUAAAUGAAACAGUUUUCCCUUUGACUUGCGAACGGUAUGAGAUGAGCUCACUGAAUGCAGGUGACAGACGACAUAAACUCAUGAAUGAUAAACAACGUCAUUCAUUGUAUAUAUUAUUUUAUCUCAUACGUACUGAGAUUUACGAUGUAGAGUACUUCUUUCGUUUCUCUGAAAAAAACUCGUUCGUUCGGUUUUUUCGAUGCAUCGCAAGUUAUGAAUAGAAAUCGUUCGAGCACAUUUUCCAUGGAAAAUUUACUAUUAAUGCAUGCCCUCUCGUCUCGGAUAUUUAAUAUUCGAUGGACCAACAAGUCAAUGAAUAGAUCGAACACCAAAUAUUUCAUGGAAAUUGUAAGGUUGAUGAAUUAACAGAACAAUUUAUGUUUUCUCGUGAAUCAGUCAAGGAGUAAAAGGUUCAUGAUAAAAUCAAUUGUUUAAAAAAAAAAAUUAUUUAGCAGCACUCUAAUUGUGUAUUUGUGCAAUGUUUGACUUUGUGGUGACAAUCUCGCUACCUGCUACACAAAUGCAUUUUUUAUUUCACUCUUGAAUUUCAAAUAUGUUUUGGAGUAUUUAUAGCUAAAAUUGAAAACUGUUUCGUGGUUUCGUUUCCGUAAAUUAUUUGCUACAAAUGACAUUUAGAUAAUUAGUGGUAGAUCUUUUGUGAGAUUAGGUGUUUAACGAGCUUCGAACCAAAUAUCUUUUAAAUCAAUUAACUGUUCAUUGUUUAACUAUCAGAAUGUAUGGCCGAUUAGUUACCAAUAUUUCAGCUGACUUAUUGCAUUAGUAAACAAUAUGGCCAAAAUAGUAUGACGUGACGUUCAAGCGCUGCGUCACGAUAAUUUCGGACAUUUUGUCACGCAACGUUGCAUGACAUCCAAACGCGGCGCCUUUUCCUCCUCAAUAGUUGUUUUGUUUUUUUCAUUUUUUCUAUGAGGUAAACGAAAAGCUACGUGUUUUUUCUUUUCUCCACUUUCGUAUAUCGGUAACAAUCUGCUUUGGAUACUUCUUGUGAGAAAUCCAAUAAUUGUAAAGUUGGUAACGGAUAGGCAACGUAUGUUUAUUUUUUUCGUUGAGAACUGUCAGCCAUAUCGAUUUCUACCUUUCAAGUAAAACAAUCAAUUAAUUAAUAAUCUAGCUUAUAUUUAUUUUAUUUUACGUACAGGCUUACCAGAGCCAAUUGCUCUUUAUCCACUCAACAAACAGCAUGGUACAAAGGACAUAAGCCGAGCGAACAACCCGUCAGGAAUUGCAAAGGGUGUUUACCUUUUCACAGGAUAUUACGGGCAACCCGAGGGAUCUUACCACUUCUCCGGGUCAUCGGCCAGUUUUUUGGAGUUCCCAAAUAACGGAGGCCUUGAUGCUAAGUAUUCUAUGACAUUGGUGGCCUGGAUGUACCCUGAAAUCUCUAAAGGACCUCUGUUUAAUUACAAAGUUCAAGACAGAGGAGUGUAUUUAUGGUUAGAGAGUCCUAACAGACUUGUUGCAAAGUUUGAAAUGCGUGAUUCUUCGCAACCUUACGCAAUCCAGAGCGACAAAAUUCGGCUGAAAGCGUGGAACUAUGUAGCAGCUUCGUAUGAUUACUCUGCUGGAACUGCCGGAUUGUGGAUCGACGGGAGACAAGUGUCUCGUUUGAGUAUGGGAAGUUUUAAGAUAUCCACACAAGAUGACGUGAGAGUGGGUGCAUUAAAGGGUGAUUCGAAUUUCUACAAGGGUGCCAUUGCCUGUUUACAGGUUUAUAACAAGUCACUCUCUGAGCAGGAGAUAAAUGAUGUUAGAGAUAGGUGUCCGCUCAAAGGUAAUGCGUUAAAAAUUGUAUUCCGCUUUUUCCAGUGUCUCUUCAGAUAGAGGUGAAAGACGGAAUAUAGAAAAAUGCGAUAAUUCCAAGUUAAUUCUUCUAAUAUUUUACGUCAUCUGUGACCUAUUACGGAACAAACACACGGCAACGCGGAAUUUUGUAUUUGUCUAACAGAAAAGAGGUAAAGUGGAAGCUAUUACAUUAUUACUUGAUAGGCUGAGUUAUAUAUCCAUUUUGAUUGGUUCUUGGGUAUGAUCAGGAGCCCAUUACUUGUGCUCCUGGUAUGAUCUAUUGUGGACAGACGAAUCAGGGUUCAAGAUAUUUCUAAAUAAGAAAAAACCUGACAAACUGUGCAGUGAGUAGUAAAACUUGGGGUAAAUAGUGCUUGCGAUGUUUCCUUUUUUCACAGUGCAGUUACAUCAUGUCGGUUGCUAUGCCCACAAGCCGUCAUCACCAGCAGUCCCCUCCUUGGAAGGAAAAGAUAUCUUACUAGACGGCGAGCCUAAAACAAGAGAGGACGCCGAACAGAAAUGCGCCCGUGUUGCUCUUAAAAAUGGCUACGGUUAUUUUGCAAUUCAAGAUGGUGGAAGCUGUCUUUCAAGCCUAACAGCGCAAGAAACGUACAGCAAGUACGGACUGUCAGCGGAAUGCCAGAAUGGGAAAGGCUCCGCUAUGGCCAGUGAUGUAUACGAGGUUGUGAUGUUUAGUAAGUACAUCGCCUAUUUUAUGCUGCCAGUCCUAGAUCCACUUCUUCAUCUUCGUUAUUUUUUUCCCUUCGUCACUUCACUACUCUUGCAAAUUCUUUUUACUCUGCACAGUUUGGUCAAUCUUUUUAUACGUUAUGUGAUCCUUUCAUUCUUCGUUUCACCAUUUUAGUCUUUCCCUCUAUUUUUCCAUACCUCUAUCCGGCUUUUUUUUUUUUUUCCCUUUUUCCAUUAUACCUUUAUCUUGCUGUCCCUUCAUCUUUUCAUCUUUCGUCUCUUAGUCUCUUCGUGCCUGGAUAUUUUGAACAGUUUCGUUUCAAGGUGCUUUUGUUACCCUUUUACGCUGGUCCCAUCUUCAUUUGUUACAAUAAUCCCCUGUUCACAGGCGAUCAAACCUGUUGGAACGGAUGGCAAGCCGUUGGCGACUCCUGCUUCAGACUUUAUGACGACAAAAGAACCUGGGACGAAGCCCAGGCCGUGUGCAAAACAGAAAAGGCAACUCUAGCCAAGUUGGAUACGGAGGAAGAGAGUUACUUCGUUUUUUUAAACCUGAUAAGGCCAACCAAUCCAAGCUCGAGCGUAUGGAUUGGGUUAUCACGUGAUACGGAGAAAAAAUUUCAUUGGUCGGAUGGAUCUUUGGUGGGCUACACUAAUUGGGGUCCAAACCUUCCAGACACCUCCCCUGGUAACAGAAAGAAUUGUACAAAAAUGAAUGAAUUUUCGGGAUUAUGGGAAAAUGAGGAGUUCUACUUAAAACAUCCCUUUGUUUGCGGUCGAGGUGAGAGAAAAUAGCCUUCAGCUUGAAAGUCAAGUACUAAUACUUUAAACCAUAUUUUGCUCUAAGUCGCUGGGUCGUCAUUGUAAGCGAAGCCACGCCUAUUUGUGCUCAUCAUUUAAUUAAAAAAUCUACACGCCUACGGUAUUAAACAUGAGCGGGACAAUGCAUAUUAGAGAACGUAAACUUAAAAAUAUAGUCACAACAAAGAAAAAUACUUACCUUAACGGUGCAUAGCUUUACGGGCAAAAAACAAAACCGACGACGCUUCUUCUUAAAAAGUGGACGUAGAUAUUGAUAUACAGGACUAAAUUUAAACACAAAACUCGACAAAUUACUCGACAUAAUUACGUCAUAUUACGGAACGAUCUAAACAUCAACCACAGCUGACACAAUAUAACUGAUGAAACGUACAAACGCUCACAGAUAAUUAACACGUAAACGCAAUUCCUAUAUGACAAUAAGUUAUGCAGCAACAGUGAUUGAGCCGUCACGUUCGUUGAAACAUAACUUGAAUCAGAUGGUGCGAGUACUAGAGGCAGGGGACAAUAUUACUUUGUGCAAGUGAAGUGGGGUGAGUUGUCAAAGAAUAGGCAACUCGUUGAAUUGAAUUUAGACUCCUCACACCCCUAUACUGAGGAUAAAUUUGUCCCUUAUCUUUCCAAAGGUAAGCGAUAACCUUAUGUUUAGGAUCCCUAUUCUUCCCAUCACGAAGAGAGAUUUCUGGACAACAAUUUUUGCCCGGUGACUUUACAUCGCAAAAAGAGGUUUGAUUAUCAUCUAUGCGUCUGGUGACGCCAUAAAAAAAUGUCCUUAAAGCGGCUUAAAAUUGGUUUCUUUGACAUUUUCAGUCACUCCUCCCACUCCACGUGAUAUUCACGUGAAACUAAUGGACAGCUGGUCGGCGCUGGUCUCGUGGUCAACUUCCGCGCAUCCUCAGCAGGAAGAUCUGGUGACGUCAUUCUACGUUGAGUUCAAAGUUACCAAUCACGAGCAAGUGUCACUUAAAGUUGUGCAGAAUCACAAUAGUACCAGUUUAACCGGUUUGCAGUCAAACGCUGAGUACCAGAUAAGAGUCCGAGCGGUGAAUGGAGCUGGCGGUGGAAUUUGGAGUCAUUAUCAGACUUUUUCAACAGGAAAAACCUGUAAGGUUUACUUACAAUAAAAGGAAAUGUUCAGAUGGUAGAUUGCUUGUCUAAAAACCCGUUAGUGUGACAGAACUCAUCAGAAACAAGGAUUGAUUAAAGAGUUAAAGAUCAUGGGGAGGAUAUGAAAAUUUUUAUAGAAUUUAAACUCGUUGUUUCAAGAAUAAGAAAAGUGACGAGGUUCUUUAAUCUUGUCGGGCGACAAUUUAGUCCACUUUCUAUAAUCCAUUAACAAAAUUCUCCACUUUACAUCGACACUAUCUAAAAUUUGAGGUCCCUUAAUUAUUCGUAAUUAUUCCUGUCAUUUGUAAUUAUUCCCAUAUUCGUAAUUAUUCUGUCUUGUUUCAGAUCCUCCUCGAAUUGUCCCUAUGGUACCUAUAAGAGCCAAAGUCCCAGGGGAACCUCUUGCUCUGAAUUGUGCUGCCCAAGGUGGUCCUGAGCCCACAAUAACCUGGUACAAAAACCGCAAUGUUGUUUAUCAAGGACAGACAUUGGUCGUUGCAAAUAUGACGUCAGUGGGACAAGAAGUGUAUACGUGCAGAGCUAGUAAUGGCAUUGAGCCAGAUGACGUCGAGUCAGUUACAGUAAUAUCAUUAGGUGGGUAAAAUUUUUUUGGCUUUUUUUCUUCGUAUUUGAACUGAAAUCUAUCGUAGAGUUAUCGCUGUCUCUAUUAUUAGAGUAUGUGCUCACUCCACGACCAUAAGUUAUUAGUUAAUUCGAAAUUCUUCCGUAGUCCCUCCGGUCCUGAGUCAGAUGUGGGGAGCGGGAAAUGAAGGACAGAUUUCCAUUGAAAAAGGAAAUCAUUUGUCGUUGCACUGUGAAACAGCUAAUACGACAUUUGCUGACAUUACGUGGUACAAGGACGGGGAGCCUCUAUAUGGUCAUCGGUCCAAAUCAGAAAACAUCUUUAAUAUACCAGAAGUCAGCGGUGAUAAUUUCGGAGUGUACGAAUGUGAAGCCAGAAAUAACCUGGGAACUACUUCUAUGAAAAUGAGGGUCUCGAAUGGUGAGCACAAUAGGUUUUUUUUUUUCUUUCCGUGCUUUGACAAGUCAGACAAUGAUGUGAUCUAAAUUGAAUACUGAGAGAUCAGUAGACAAAGCGCGAGUUUUGCCACAAACCUUGACGCCUUACGAGAGUAUUUCACCAAACAAAGAACGUUGCAGUCAUGAAAUUAAGGAAGAUUAUUGCGGUGGCACGUUUGUCGUACUUUGAUCAAGAUUUUGAACCCGUUCACCUUGUGAUCCUCGUAAUUAAAAAAGGGCAUAUUUAUGAACAUUUACUGCUUACCGUGGUCCAAGAUUACAAAAAAUCAAAGAACUCUUGAAAAAAAUUGUUUUCAAAUGCGCUGUAUAAAACGAAAAAUUCUCAUUUAAUUCUUAUGUAUGAGUUGACCUCAAGUUUUGUUUUUCUACUUCACUUAGCUGGCCGCUUAAACCAGAUGAAAGUUGCGGUUGGCUGCCUAGCUGGAUUUUCUGUUGUUCUUGUCAUCAUCAUUGGAGUAUUAGGGUGGCUGCUGUACAAGGCCAGGAAAACCAUUGAAGCUUCACGAGAGGAAGAUGAGCAGGACGAGGAGCCGCCAAUCAAACCACCCGGUCCUAGGCCCUCUGACAGUGACUUUAUGAUCCCUGAAGUGCGAUCCGCUGGCUCGCCGGAUAUGGCUGGCUCACUUGGCUGUAAUUCAUCUUACACUCCUCUCAAACUGGGUUCAUCUAAUGGGGGUACAAGUCAGACGUACAGAGCAUAGUGAAAAUUAUACAUUAAAAUUACUUUUAAUGACUCCAAUACCAGACUCCUUCGCAACUGUUAUUGUGAUUGUCACACAAUACUCAGAUAACGUUGCGUGACUAGUCAUGAGCAGCGAUGAACAGAUGUUGACUAGACGAUCAUGUCUUACUGACAGAGUGACUCAAGUCAACAACAAAUAACAGCACUGAACUUUUAUAAAAAAAAAAAGAAAAUAUCUUAGAAUGGCUUGUUAAAACGCUUCGUGGGAAAGAAACGCCCUAGAGAAUGUAAUCACUUGUAAAUUCGUGUUAGAACAAUACCUCCCACCUAAGCCAGAUUUAAAAUUGCCUGGAGACUAUGCAAUGUCCCUCAUUUACACAAUAAAGGAAGCCCUCAAUACAUGACCUAGACCCCUUAAAUAGAUUUUAACUUCAACUGGUGCUUGAUGCCGAAAGUGCCGCCACUGAUAUUGCACAAAGUUGAACGGAAGAUCCAAAAAUGAGAAAGAUCAUAAUGACAAGGAUAAUUAAACUCCGAGGUGGGGAGGUUUAGCAUCAUACAAGAAAGAGAGCCUGUGGGGCAGCCUUUGAUUCGUCCGAGGACUCCAGAAGUCCUAUAUUACAGAGAGCUGAUGCUGAACGUAAAUGUUUGACUCUAGUGGAAUAGCCCGCUCUUUUCCAUCAGAUUGAAGGCUGGGAAAACCGAAAAAAUGAGUAAAAAUAAGAGUCUCCGCUCCUAUUUGUUCCCACUUUUGCACCGGUAAAUUCAUAAAGUGUGACAUCGCCUGUCACCUCUAGUUACGGC